UGAAAAAGUGACAAAAAAUGUGCAAAGUGUAUUAAAAACAGAGCAGAGAGCAGACGUUUCAGCCCAUGCUUUCUUCAGUGCUCAUGAGGCAAAAAAAGCAAACCACACUUAGCUCACACUGCAGGUCUUAAUGCUCAGAUCGGAUUUUUUGCUGAACUCCGAUUUUUUUUUUGCGCUGUUGUUCACAUUGUCAUUUAAAUGCGACUACCAUCAGUCUCGUGUGUAAACCGUAUACGGCCCAGAAGUGACCCGCAUGCACAGAAGAAGACGUGACGCACUGUGUUUGCGGAAAUAAAAAUGGAUGCUGCUCGUGUUAGCGCGUGUUUAGCAAUUUUUAAGUUAAUGUGCAAUGGGAGCCUAAAUAACGAAGUGAUGAGAAGAACAAUAUUAAGAAGGAGGGCACGAUUUCCUCCAGCGCAGAAUUGUGACGUCUGUCGUAUUUCAAUGACGUAAAAAUCGCAUGUAAUGCCACAUGGCCGUUCAGACAGAAGUCGCAUUGCAAAAUAUCGGAUAUGUAUCCGAUUUAGGACCACAUAUGAAAGUGGCCUGGGCCUGAUUUGAAAAAAAUCGGAUUUGUGCUGUUCAGACUGUCAUAAGAAAAUCAUAUAUGGGUCACAUUUGGGCAAAAAGUCGUAUUUGGGCCACUUUAGCCUGCAGUGUGAACCUAGUUUAUAUAGGCCCAAUUGCAAAUUGCUGACAGCUGAUCUUAAUCAAUGAGGGAUAAUUGUCAUACCAACAAUUUCUCUUUACAAAAAACAAGCAAGAUCCAUCUCUUCAACUCAAAAAGCCUCUCUUUGUAACAAUUUACUGUCACGGUUACCACCUCUCCUAUGCAAAGGAACCCUCUCAAUGCCCAGGAACUUUGCAAACUCAAAAUGACGAAAAAUCUGAGAAGUGUGAUCCUUUCUCCUGAUAGCAUUCAUAUGUUCAACAAUUCUAGUGCGUAAUGCACGUUUUGUUUACCAACAUACAAUAAAGGGCAAGAACACAAAAUUAUAUAUAUUACAUGUGAUCAGUUGUUUAAUUUGAUAAAUUUUACCCGUUUGUGGAUGUGUAAAUGAGUUGCAUUAUAUCAGUGAUAUGUGUAUGAUAUAAGUGUAACACACACAUUGGCACAUUGCACAGAUUUUAUUGCAGCAGGCCUAAAUUUUCAUCUUAUCUAUGAUUUUAGAUUCUCGCAAAUUGUACUUAAAAGGCCAAAGGUAUUUUUACUUGCACGUUAUUGUCAAUUCAGUCCAUGGUUUAUGAGAGAUACCAUAUCUAACAGCAUCCUAAUAAAUCAUCCCAUAUGGCAACACCCAGUUUCUAUAAAAACCAUGAGGUCCUGAAGCUCCUCUGUACAUUUUCCUUCCUUGAGGUACCCUAGAGAAAUUAGAAAUCAACAUGGGAAAGCUUACGCUCGUUGCAGGUUUGGGAUUGGUGCUCUGCCAUGUUGCCUUCUCCAUGGAAAUGGGCUGCUACUUCACCAACUGGUCUCAGUACAGACCUGGAAUUGGAAAGUAUAUGCCCUCAAAUGUGGAUCCUUUCCUUUGUACACACCUUUUCUAUGCUUUUGCAAUGAUCAACCAUGCCAACGAGCUUAUCACCUAUGAAUGGAACGAUGAGACUCUAUACAAAGCCUUCAAUGAACUCAAGAACACAAAUCCCCAUCUUAAAACUCUCUUGGCUAUCGGUGGAUGGAACUUUGGUUCAGCACAGUUCUCCAUCAUGGUGUCCAAUGCUGCAAACCGUCAGAAGUUCAUUCAGUCCUCCAUCAAGUUCCUGAGAACUUACGGAUUUGAUGGUCUGGACCUGGACUGGGAAUAUCCAGGAUCAAGAGGAAGUCCACCCGAAGACAAACAAAGAUUCACACUGCUGUUGAAGGAAAUUAUUGAGGCCUAUGAGGCUGAGGGCAAAGCUACUGGCAGAGCUAGACUGAUGCUGACUGCUGCUGUACCAGCUGGCAAAGGGACAAUUGAUGAUGGAUUCGAGAUUGCAGAGGUUGCAAAGUACCUGGACUUAAUCAAUGUGAUGACUUAUGACUUCCAUGGAACUUGGGAAAGAUUCACAGGACACAACAGCCCCCUGUACCAAGGCUCAAAGGAUGAGGGAGACCUGAUCUACUUUAAUACAGACUACGCCAUGCGCUAUUGGAGGGACAACGGCACCCCUGUGGAGAAACUCAGAAUGGGUUUUGCAACAUAUGGUCGCACUUUCCGUCUGUCAUCUGCAGAUACUAGUGUUGGAGCCCCAGCUAGUGGACCUGCUUCAGCUGGAACCUACACUCGCGAGGCUGGAUUCUGGUCUUACUAUGAGAUCUGUGGAUUCCUGGAGGGAACAACACUCCAGUGGAUUGAGGAUCAGAAGGUGCCCUAUGCCGCAAAGAAUGGCGAAUGGGUUGGAUUUGACACCAAGGAGAGCUUCGAAACUAAGGUCCGUUAUCUGAAAGACAAGAAGUUUGGUGGAGCCUUCGUCUGGGCACUUGAUCUGGAUGACUUUGCAGGACAGUUCUGCAAUCAGGGGAACCAUCCUCUCAUGGGCCAUUUGCGCAAUCUUCUGGAUAUUGAAUUGCCUCCUCUGCCUCCAACCACCACCCUCAAACCCGGACAAACAACCACAAAAACCACCACAACCACCACCACCACCACUCAUGCUCCAGGACCAGGAUUCUGUAAUGGAAAGCCAGAUGGACUCUAUCCUCAUCCUGAAGACCCCAACAAAUAUUAUAACUGUGCAGGAGGCCACACUUACAUGGAUAACUGCGGUCCAGGCACUGUGUUUGAUAACAGCUGUAAGUGCUGUGGCUGGCCCAAACACUAAGGGAUCACUACUGUGAAAACAGUAAAACAGGACACUGCAGAUUUGCAUAGCACACAAGAAGAAUGUGUGGACUGAACAUAAUUAAUGUGCUUUGUUUUUCCAUUUGAAUGUAUAAAACGUGUUUUUUCUCUCCCCUGUAAAUCUAUUCAUGUGAUUGCUGUUAGUACAAUCGCUGUACAAAUGCAUCAUUUAUAAAGAAACAUAAAAAAUAAAAAAAUAAAUUAAAAAAUGUGCACAACUCAAAAAGAUUUUUAACUCAUCAAUAAACAACAUGCAGCCAUCAUUAAAAUGAUUCUGGAUACAUUAGAAACAGAAUGCAUGGUGGGAUCAAUAAAAAAAAAACAUCAA